AUUUAAUAAACAUAAUAUUUAAUCUUUUCAGAGGUCGAAACAGUAGCAAAGGCCUGCCUCAGUCUACGAUUUCUUUUGAUGGAAUCUAUGCAAAUAUGAGGAUGGUUCAUAUACUUACAUCAGUUGUUGGAUCCAAAUGUGAAGUACAAGUGAAAAACGGAGGUAUAUAUGAAGGAGUUUUUAAAACAUACAGUCCUAAGUGUGAUUUAGUGCUUGAUGCUGCACAUGAGAAAAGUACAGAAUCCAGUUCAGGGCCAAAACGUGAAGAAAUAAUGGAGAGUAUUUUGUUCAAGUGUUCAGACUUUGUUGUGGUACAAUUUAAAGAUAUGGACUCCAGUUAUGCAAGAAGAGAUGCUUUUACUGACUCUGCUAUCACUGCUAAAGUGAAUGGUGAACACAAGGAGAAGGACCUGGAGCCCUGGGAUGCGGGUGAACUCACUACCAACGAGGAACUGGAGGCUUUGGAAAAUGAUGUCUCUAAUGGAUGGGAUCCCAAUGAUAUGUUUCGGUAUAAUGAAGAAAAUUAUGGUGUAGUGUCUACAUAUGAUAGCAGUUUAUCAUCAUAUACGGUGCCCUUAGAAAGGGAUAACUCAGAAGAAUUUUUAAAACGAGAAGCAAGGGCAAACCAGUUAGCAGAAGAAAUUGAAUCAAGUGCCCAGUACAAAGCCCGAGUGGCCCUGGAAAAUGAUGAUAGGAGCGAAGAAGAAAAAUACACAGCAGUUCAGAGAAAUUCCAGUGAACGUGAGGGCCACAGCAUAAACACUAGGGAAAAUAAAUAUAUUCCUCCUGGACAAAGAAAUAGAGAAGUCAUAUCCUGGGGAAGUGGGAGACAGAAUUCACCGCGUAUGGGCCAGCCUGGAUCGGGCUCCAUGCCAUCAAGAUCCACCUCUCACACUUCAGAUUUCAACCCGAAUUCUGGUUCAGACCAAAGAGUAGUUAAUGGAGGUGUUCCCUGGCCAUCGCCUUGCCCAUCUCCUUCCUCUCGCCCACCUUCUCGCUACCAGUCAGGUCCCAACUCUCUUCCACCUCGGGCAGCCACCCCUACACGGCCGCCCUCCAGGCCCCCCUCGCGGCCAUCCAGACCCCCGUCUCACCCCUCUGCUCAUGGUUCUCCAGCUCCUGUCUCUACUAUGCCUAAACGCAUGUCUUCAGAAGGGCCUCCAAGGAUGUCCCCAAAGGCCCAGCGACACCCUAGAAAUCACAGAGUUUCUGCUGGGAGGGGUUCCAUUUCCAGUGGCCUAGAAUUUGUUUCCCACACCCCACCAAGUGAAGCCGCUGCUCCUCCAGCAGCAAGGACCAGUCCUGCGGGAGGCACGUGGUCAUCAGUGGUCAGCGGGGUUCCAAGAUUAUCCCCUAAAACUCACAGACCCAGGUCUCCCAGACAGAACAGUAUUGGAAAUACUCCUAGUGGGCCAGUUCUUGCUUCUCCCCAGGCUGGCAUUAUUCCAACUGAAGCUGUUGCCAUGCCUAUUCCUGCUGCAUCUCCUACGCCUGCCAGUCCUGCAUCCAACAGAGCUGUUACCCCAUCUAUUGAGGCUAAGGAUUCCAGGCUUCAAGAUCAGAGGCAGAACUCUCCUGCAGGGAAUAAAGAAAAUAUGAAGCCCAGUGAGACAUCACCUAGCUUCUCAAAAGCUGAAAAUAAAGGUAUAUCACCAGUUGUUUCUGAACAUAGAAAACAGAUUGAUGAUUUAAAGAAAUUUAAGAAUGAUUUUAGGUUACAACCAAGUUCUACUUCUGAAUCUAUGGAUCAACUGCUAAACAAAAAUAGAGAGGGAGAAAAAUCAAGAGAUUUGAUCAAGGACAAAAUUGAACCAAAUGCUAAGGAUUCUUUGAUUGAAAAUAGCGGCAGCAGCAAGCCCAGCAGCCCCAGCGUGUCCCCUUCCCUCCUCAGUGAUGCGGAGCACAGGAGGGGCCCUGAGGUCACAUCCCAGGGUGUUCAGACUUCCAGCCCCGGGUGUAAACAGGAGAAGGAUGAUAAAGAGGAGAAGAAAGAUGCAGCUGAGCAAGUGAGGAAAUCAACAUUGAAUCCCAAUGCAAAGGAGUUCAACCCUCGUUCCUUUUCUCAGCCAAAGCCUUCUACUACCCCAACUUCACCUCGUCCUCAAGCACAACCUAGCCCGUCUAUGGUGGGUCAUCAGCAGCCAACGCCAGUUUAUACUCAGCCUGUUUGUUUUGCACCAAAUAUGAUGUAUCCAGUCCCAGUGAGCCCAGGCGUGCAACCUUUAUACCCUAUACCUAUGACGCCCAUGCCUGUGAAUCAAGCCAAGACAUAUAGAGCAGUACCAAAUAUGCCCCAACAGCGGCAAGACCAGCAUCAUCAGAGCACCAUGAUGCACCCAGCCUCAGCAGCAGGCCCACCAAUUGUGGCCACCCCACCAGCUUACUCCACACAAUACGUUGCCUACAGUCCUCAGCAGUUUCCAAAUCAGCCUCUUGUUCAGCAUGUGCCACAUUAUCAAUCUCAGCAUCCUCAUGUCUAUAGUCCUGUAAUACAGGGUAAUGCUAGAAUGAUGGCACCACCAGCACAUGCCCAGCCUGGUUUAGUAUCUUCUUCUGCAACUCAGUACGGGGCUCAUGAGCAGACGCAUGCGAUGUAUGUUUCCACUGGCUCCCUUGCUCAGCAGUAUGCACACCCUAAUGCUACCCUACACCCACAUACUCCACAUCCUCAGCCUUCAGCUACCCCCACCGGACAGCAGCAAAGCCAACAUGGUGGGAGCCAUCCUGCACCCAGUCCUGUUCAGCACCAUCAGCACCAGGCUGCCCAGGCUCUCCAUCUGGCCAGUCCACAGCAGCAGUCAGCCAUUUACCACGCGGGGCUCGCACCAACCCCACCUUCCAUGACACCUGCCUCCAAUACGCAAUCGCCACAAAAUAGUUUCCCAACAGCACAACAGACCGUCUUUACGAUUCAUCCUUCUCAUGUUCAGCCGGCAUACACCAAUCCACCCCACAUGGCCCAUGUACCUCAGGCUCAUGUACAGUCAGGAAUGGUUCCUUCUCAUCCAACUGCCCAUGCGCCAAUGAUGCUAAUGACGACACAGCCACCCGGCGGUCCCCAGGCCGCCCUCGCUCAAAGUGCACUACAGCCCAUUCCAGUCUCGACAACAGCGCAUUUCCCCUAUAUGACGCACCCUUCAGUACAAGCCCAUCACCAACAGCAGUUGUAAGGCUGCCCUGGAGGAACCGAAAGGCCAAAUUCCCUCCUCCCUUCUACUGCUUCUACCAACUGGAAGCACAGAAAACUAGAAUUUCAUUUAUUUUGUUUUUAAAAAAAUAUAUGUUGAUUUCUUGUAACAUCCAAUAGGAAUGCUAACAGUUCACUUGCAGUGGAAGAUAUUUGGACCGAGUAGAGGCAUUUAGGAACUUGUGGGCUGUUCCAUAAUUCCAUACGCUGUUGCAGAGUCCCGCAAGUACCCCAGCUCUGCUUGCCGAAACUGGAAGUUAUUUAUUUUUUAAUGACCCUCGAAAGUCAUGAACACAUCAGCUAGCAAAAGAAGUAACAAGAGUGAUUCUUGCUGCUAUUACCGCUUAAAAAAAAAAUCAAGACUUGGAACGCCCUUUUACUAAACUUGACAAAGGUUCAGUAAAUUCUUACCGUCAAACUGACGGAUUAUUAUUUAUAAAUCAAGUUUGAUGAAGUGAUCACUGUCUACAGUGGUUCAACUUUUAAGUUAAGGGAAAAACUUUUACUUUGUAGAUAAUAUAAAAUAAAAACUUAAAAAAAAUUAAAAAAUAAAAAAAGUUUUAAAAACUGA